AUGGUACCCAGGCGAACGCAUAAGAAGUCGCGCAAUGGAUGCGUGCAAUGCAAGCAGCGUAGGGUCAAGUGUGACGAGAAAGGGCCCAUUUGCCAUAAUUGCACAAAACGACAGUUACCAUGCAGCUUCAAAGACGCGCCUCCAGAGUCGCCAGUUGACUCGCUAUCUGAGAAGAGCGCUGAUGUUUCCUCCACGGCCCGGGAGAAUCAAGCUACCACUCGACGCUCAACCGUCUUGACAAUCAAUAAACGUCUAAUCACCCCGAACGAUGCCAACGCAAAACAGGUCCGGUCACUGGAACUGGGACUACUCCACCACUGGACCACCGUCACAUAUGCGACGCUCGCGCAGGACCGCUUCGAGCAUGGACCCAACAUAGAGUACAGACUCUGGCAAAUUGACGUUCCCAGAGAGGCCAUGAAGCAUGAAUACCUCCUGAACGCCAUCCUCGCCGUCGCCGCCCUCCAUGUGCUCUCCCUGCCUCCAGAAAAACAAUACGUCCCCGUCACCCUCGCCCACGCCAUCGAAUACCACACCGCAUCCUGCGCCACCCUGCGCUCCGAACUAGCCACCGUCAACGACAAGAACUGCCACGCCGUCUUCGCCUGCUCCAUCCUCAUGAUCCUCUCCGUGCUAGCCCUUCCGCCGCCCGCCGACGAGCGCACGGGCCAUACGUCCUCUCUAUCCGCAAUCUUCGCCUACACAGACAUCCUUACCGGCACCCGUGAUGUGCUCUACUCGCUGCAGGCGCAGCUCAUCGAGGGUCCCUUUCGCCGCAUGAUGGACUACUGGCAGACCCGCUUCGAGUUCCACGCGCGCCCGGACACUAAGGCUGCGAUUCAGAUCUUGCGCGGGCUGAAUCACGAGACACAUGUCGAGAACAACCCCAUCCAGUGCGCGACCAAUGCCAUGGCCAUUGACAUUCUCGAGACAUGCUUUGCCGAGCUGGACAAUCGUCCGGAUUUCGGGGUUAGUAUUGCUUGGCUUGGCAGUCUGGACGGGAGCGUGAUUGCGAAUUUGCAGCGGCAUGAGCCGGUCGCGCUGGCCAUGCUGAUUUGCUGGGGCGUCAUGUUGGAACAACCUAGUCCGAUGUGGUUCGUUCAUAGGCCCGGAAAAGCUCUUAUACAGGAGAUUCUCUCGCUGAAGCUACAUGAGGAGAAGAAGUGGACGUUGCUAGUCGCGUGGGCGAAGGACAGAGCAGGCAUGGAAACGUCUAGUAUUCCGGUGACAUGCGAAGCUUCAUAA